AUGAAAGGUAGUAGUGGAAAUGAGAAACUGAGCGGCAAAGGAAAAGCGACGCCAACACCUGUCGGGCGGCUGACCAAAUAUAGUGGAAAACUGUUGAAAUACAACGCUGCACUGUUGCCGUCAACAAGCGGUGGCUGCAUGAGGUCGUCAUUCGAUACGGAGGGAGAAGUAGCAAAAGUGGCGGCGGUCCUCAACCUCUAUUGGACUUCGUUCGGACUCUCCUGAAAUAUUAACAGCCGUAGUAGGAGGGAGAAUUUCGAAUUGCUCUCAACCCCUCUCAUGCACAUAAUAAAUUACUGGGAGCUCGCAAUAGCGCUUCUUUCACCCAACUUACUACUUGUCCAACACUGGACCUUGUUUCAAACAGACAGGUCACCUCGUUCUCGGUUCAUUUCACCCGAUUUGACAGUAUCCAUCACGUCUGCUCGGCGAGUAAAUUAGCACGUUUGCUAAUGGACGGCGUCAUAUUGUAAGAGGUGUGCACUCCCGAUACAUUUUUGAAGUCUUUCUAUUUGUAAGGGAACACAUUCAAAAAGCAAAAAUAAACGAACCAAAACAAAAAAUUAUUGAUUGGGACUUAGAAAAUAUUCUUUUAACAGUUCACUAACGGACUACUCCCACAGGCGAAUCGAGAGGGUACCACAAUGGGUCCACAAAGAUACCUCUCGAAAUGGAUCGUGAAAAUCCCAUAAUAUGUCCAUCGUGAGGGCUUCAGCAUACUUUUUAGCUCUAUCUGAGCCAUAUCGGAGGUCUUUGAGAGUAUCUCUCAAGUCUAUUUCAUUUUGCUCAGAGGUCGUGGUACCAUCGAUAGACUUCAGACCCUGCAUUAUACCUCAGAGGGUAUCGCGAUACCUUUUCUCGAUUCGCCGAUGCCCUGAUAUUUUCACUUUAUUUCAAAAAGGAAGAAGCUAAAAACCGGACAAAGAGGAUGAAAUUCGAGAGUAAGCGAAAGAGAUCGAGCUCUCAUUUCCGUCUUUGUUAUUGUACUUUUUCUACUUACGUUCUUUUGUUUGGAUCACCGAAUACAAUUUUUGAUAAAAACUAUUCGCAAAUUUGCGAAUAGUUUUUAUUUUACGAACAGUUUUUAAAACUUUCAAAAAAUUUUUUUUGCAAAAGCAAUGAUUUUUGCUUUUUUUUACGGUCCUCAAGUUUUGCGGACUUGAGAUUUUCGUCGAACCAUCAUUUUUACGGUGAGUUUUACGCGCGAAUUUGAAAUUUGCACCUUUCCGGAAUACCAAUUAUAUUUCCCGAAAUCAUUUCAAACGAAUAACGUGUCUACUUUGAAAUCGCCUUGAAAUCACUUUGAACACGUGUACACGGCCGUGUACGGCAUGAGAUAUCGGAAUUUUCAAUUUUCGAGUUACUGUCAUUGUCUGGGCUGCAGUCAGAUAAACACUUCCCGUUAAAAUGCAUACGCCGCGUUGGUGCCGCGAUUUACGAGCAAAAUUUUAUGCCGUGUUCAAAGAAAUUUUCGAAAAAUGCAAAACUAUCUCUCACUUUUCAAAAUUGAGUUAUAUUUCUUUUGACGGCUAUAUUGAAUUUUGCGAAAUCACUUUGAACACGGCAUUAAUUUUAAAAAAUUUCCCUCCUCGUCUGUUCAAACGGCUUUUACUGGGUGCUGAAAAAUAGGGAAGUAAUACAUCAAGUUUUUGAGGUGGAGAGCUGGUCUUGUUGUUGUUUUAGGACACAUAUCCUCUCAUGAUUUUGAACAGUUCAUGAAAAAUGAUCUAGGUAUUAUCCACCAAUGAAGACCCUUCUCGUCGGUUUUGUCUUGAUUUUGUCCGUCUCUGCUCUACGUUUUUACGUUCCUGCUAAAGAAAAGAAAUGUUUGAAAGAAGAAAUUCACAAGGUUUUUUUGUUUUUUUUUUUCUAAUGUAUUUUUUUUUAAAGAACGUCGUCGUAUCGGGAGAGUAUGAAUUCAGUGAGGGCAUCGGCUAUACGGGCAGUGUCCACGUAAGUUAUUUUGUUUUUUUUAAUGUGUUAUGUUUAACUGUUGAAAGAUUUCUUGAUAUUUAGAAAGGGAAUAUUUCAUCAGUCAUCAAAUUAGUUGCUGAUAGACUUCAUUUUCAGGUUACUGAUACACGAGGACAUACUUUGUACAAGCGUGAGCGUUUCCAAGAUUUGAAAGGAAAGUUCGCCUUUACGGCUGACGAAUACGACAUUUUCGAAAUCUGCAUCUCUAACGAUCCUCCAGCCGGUUUUUUUCUUUUUUUUUCACAAAUAAUGACGUAAGAAUUAGGUCAACUUGGAGAGAAACGGGAAGUUUCUCUAAUCAUGAAACAUGGAGUUGAAGCGAAGAACUACGAAGAUGUCGCCAAGGCAGAGAAGUUGAAACCACUCGAGGUUUUCGUUUUUCUUAUCAAGUUACUGGCAAAAUCCUACAGUAAUUUUUAGAAUACGUAAUUAAUUCCCGUGAAUUUUUCGAUUUGAAAAAUUAUGUUUGAGGUGGAACUUCGCCGUCUCGAGGAUCUUGCCGACGCAAUUGUCAAAGAUUUUUUUCGUUCAUGCGGCAGCGUGAAGAGGAAAUGAGAACCACGAAUGGUCGGUUCAUAUUUUUCAUGCCCCGGGUGUGGUUUAAUGAUCUUGGUAGAAUUUUUCAUAUUAUGCUUUGUAUACGUUUAAUAGUGCGAAGAAAAGCAGAAGCCAGUUCCAGCAUGGUUUUUUUGUGUAUUUUCUGGAGGCAGUUUGAGAAUGUGACACGAAUCGUCUUCUUGGUUUCUUCAGGAAAUUGAGUCGUUCUGAAAGUUUUUGCUUUUUAAAAUCUACAAUGCACUGAUAAUUCUCUAGUUUUUUUGAAUAAAAAAAGAGAAAUAAAAUUUCAUUUUUAAAAAGGUGGAAAGCAUAAUGUAUAGAAUAUGAUUUGAACCAUAAGAAGUUUACUUUUUCGAAAGUUCAUUUUUUUAAAAAUUUAGAGUUUUGAGUAGAACUAGAAAGGCAUUCUAUAAAUUAUUUCACAUUUUGUAUUGGUUUGAAGUUAUUCGAUAAUUAUUCCAGUUUCUCAAUUCGGCACUCAAAGUAAAUACUUAUUCAUCCAAACAAAAGGACAAAAAGAUAAGAUAAUUUAGAGUAUUGUGAAAUUAGAACCAACUUUUUAUUAUAAUGAUGAGAAAAAUGAAUAAACCGAACUAGAAACGUUUUUUCAGUUUCAUUCAGUGACAAAUCAUGAAAUCAAGGAGACCUAAGAAGAAGAAAAAAUGUACAGGCUUGAAUUUUCUCUAGAAUAUCCGCGGAUCCUAAAAACUUCAUUCAAUCAAGAUUACCUUUUUAACUGCAGAAUCGACAAACAACCGCGUUUUGUACCUCUCCAUUUUCUCGAUGCUCUGUCUUCUUGGCUUGGCUGCGUGGCAAGUUAUAUUCCUUCGCAGUUAUUUCAAGUCGAAGAAACUUAUUGACUGAAAUUCUUCUUUCAUUCUUUCUCGUACUCAGAUUUGUGUUUUCUUUCCCACAUUUGUCUGCUGUACGGCUUUUUUGCGCUUAAAGCCCAAUAAUACUCGUUGAUGAGAAUACGGAUCUUACUUUUCAUUAAUUAUCAGCGAAGCCAAUUCUUGCUGGCGGUAGAUUUUUUUUCUGGUGUUGAUCCUUGAUAAAAGUUUUUGAUUUUAAUUUUGGAUUUCGGACCUUUUUUUCGUUUUUAUGUCUCCAUUCUAUGUGUAUGAGAUGGAAUAGGGUAUUUUUUCGUCGUUGAACUUUUUUCUUUCUUAAUUUAUUAAUUUUUUUGUCUUCUGAUUUCCACGUAAUAAACCUUGAAUACGUGCUGGAGAGAACGCGAGGGCUCGCGGCGGCGAAAGCACACAAAUCGAUCGAUAUUUGUCUCCCUCCGUUGAACCUGCUUCAUGCAGUUAUUUUCCCGGCGCCGAUGCGGUGAUAUGAGAGGGAAUCCUCUUGAAUGCGUCGUUUGCAAUAAAGUUAGUUUUAUUUUUGAAAUACUAAUAGUCUGUGAAAAAUAUGUUAGAUAUUUUACACUUAAAAAAAUUUCAUUUAUUCUAUUCUUUUGAAAAAUUUUUUUGAGUUUUUUUCAUAACUUUUUUUGAAAGACCUCAUAAAUAAAACCUUCGAUUGGAAUCAUCAGAGGUUUCCCAACUUGAUAUAUAUGAAAAAUCGAAGGUUUCAGGAGAUUUUUUACGAGAUGCGCGAUAUUGAAAUAGAAAUGUAAAAUAGCUUGCUGAAGAAAAUAAUCUUCUUAAAAAAAGUCAAGAAGCUGUGACUUUUUAUCGGAUUUUUCUAGUUUCCAGGAAGGGUUUUAUAGCCGCUCAGGACGCAAAAAGGCGUGGCCUUUCUGCGCUCUACACCAACCAGACACUGUUUCAUUUCUUUUCAUCUCAAGACUUUUUCGAUGGCACAAGCAAGCUACGAAUCAGCUUUAGCUGCUGACAUAAAAUAUCAAAAUGUUCCGUUGUUUAUAGGUAAUCGAUUAUAUAAUUUGGUUCUCAAUUAGUCACGCGCGUUUCUUAUAUUCAUAUUUCUGGACAGGAGCUCUUUGAGCCGGUGCUACUGGGAUGCCAGCACACGGUCUGCCAAAGAUGUUCAGCGGCUGGCUGCACGACUUGUGCGGAGGUCUUGCGCAGUCCGUCGACGUCGCGCUCUCAGACGCCAGUCCCAGACCGCCUCGCAGCUUUUCUUCUUGAUGUUUCCAAGGAACAUGCCGAUUCUUGUGCCAACUGUGACGAGGUUCGGGUGCCUUUUUAAAAUGAGAAAGCAAAACUGUUUUUUUUUUUACUUAAAAACGAUAUGAUACACGAAAAUAAUUAUUUGAGUUUCUCAAUUGGAUUCAAAAUAGAAGGGCUUACUUUCAAAUAUUUCUCUAUGAUUCAGGUGUCGCAGCCGAUGUUUUUCUGCGAGACGUGCCAGCAAACGCUCUGUCUUUCUUGCCGCAACUCUACCCAUCAAGUGAGGAUUGACGGUUCUUCAUCAGGAAAAAGAUCACCUAGGCCCGUAUGUUCGCGACGCACAAAAUCAUCACCGCCGACGAACGCAACCGAGUUUAUGGAAGCUCUUUGUGCAAGGACCACGGGGAGCCGUACAUCUUGUACUGCUCUGACGUGCGGAAACUCGUCUGCAUCCAGUGUUUCAACGGUAGACCUCUAGAAGAAAGGUAUCUCAACUAGAAAGUGGUCUUUUUAUAGCCACUUGUGCAAAUUUUUUGAGCUUCGCUUUGGCUCUAAGUUUUCUUCAAACGCAAAGACUUGAAACAAGCUGUUCUGUCCGUUCUUUUCUGUCUUGGGAACGCUCUCAUGCUCACUUUCUGCUAUCUAUUGCCAAAAGCGCCGGAGCAGGAAAACGAGCACAGAAACGCAGUUCUGAUCGAAGUCGCGCUGAUUGAAGAUCAAAAAAAAACAUAGAGCUUUUGUAUGUUUUUUCCAAUUAGAACUUUAUGGUUCCAGGCACAGCUUCGUCUCAAUUGAAAGUGGUCACAAAUCAACGAUAGAAAAAAUAGAAAACUGGGCUUCCAAACUUCGUCUUUUUCAAGUUUGUUUGCUCAAUUUCCUAUUCUAAUGAUGAAUGUUUGACAUAUUCAGAGCGAAAAAGAAGAAGAGCUUGAAGUGCGAGAACGAAUGAUUUCGGAGAACUCAACGUCCCACGAAGAAGCGAAAAAUUCGUAAGAGCGAAAAAAGCCAAUUCUAUAGAGAUUAAAUUCAUCAGCAUCUACCAGUUGUGUCAGCAAAUCAACGACACGGUCCUGACGACGCGCGAUCGCCUUGUCCGCGAACUCGAGGUCAGAAGAGAGCUUCUCAACAACGCGUGCAGAGUGCAAAUUGCCGAAAUUGAGUCCGUUCUGGUAAAAGAUCCUCCUUUUCAAGUCGAAUAGUUCCUCAGGAUCCUGUCCGUCUCUGCCUCUUGAUCUCGCAAAUCUUGUGCACCUCUGCAUCGAAAGUCGACGUUCUACAGUUCACUACCGAGCUCUACAGACGCAUUCAUGUCGGUUGAAGAAAAGUAUAGAGAUCCGAUUUCUAUACAGGUCCUGUUAGAUAGAAGCGUUGAAAAGCUCCCCGUAGCAGCGUCGGCAGACACUUUUGAAGUGCGAACAGAGCUCGCAAAGGCGUUAGAGCCUUUCUUGGGUUAGUUAAAGUUGUUUUUUUUGAAGGUAAAGAAAACUGUUUGAGGUCUUUCCGCAGCAUGGUGCCCCUUGUCGGCGGCUAGAGAUGCUUCUCGCGAAGGAAGUGCGUCUUAUAAACGCACAUCUGGGUUGGACUCAAAUAUUCUUUUUAUCUUCUCCUUUUCUUUCAGAUCUCAAUCGAAAGUGACCUUGUCCAAGUUUCAAGCAGCCAUCGACCUCUCUGGGGCUUUUGGGCAGCUUUUCUCCCGAGUAGAUCGUGAGUGUAUGCAGAAAAGCUGUCGGGAAUAAUCCCUGUUGAGAUCCUCUGCGGCAGUUGGUGAUCGAUCUCUCUCUGACUAGCCAGAAAGUGUUAGAAAUACAGAAAGAUCUGACAAGACGACGAUGUCUCAUCAGCGAAGAAGUCGUUCAGGACCUCAUAAAAUCGUUUGUUUGGUUGGAUUUUGAGUUGGAAAGGUUUUUAGGACGAGAAAGAUAGAAACGGACCUCGGACUGCAUUCUGCAGCGUUGGACGACAUGCAGAGCGAAAUGCAGGAGUUGUGGCAGGAACAGCUCGACCGCGUCCGACGACAGCAGAUCAUCUACCGUGAAAAGGUCUUUCCAUCGAUGAAAGGGCUCAGAGAAACAGGUUGCUUUCAGAUCCAAGAAGUGCUGAUGCUGCGAGAGACGGCCCGACAGGUCCUCACCGCAGCCAAGCAACUCGCGCCCUACGUUUCUUGCAUUCUGCAGAUGAACGCGGUCAUCGAUCCGAAGUUUCUUUCGAAUGUCUAAAGUCUUCAUUCUCGAAAGUUUUCAGACGCUGCCAUCCUCCUGAUCCGGCUCCGAUGGAAAGCAUCUGUCUUCAGAUCACAGAAAUUGAACCAAACAGCGAAAACCGGAUUCUCGCCAUCGAAAAGGUUUUUCGAUGAUCUCAUCCGCCAUGAAAUAGCUACUUUCAAGGAGGAGCAAAACAGAAAGGCGAAUCAGGAGGCGAAAAGAAAAGACGCGCUCAUUGGCAUAGACGCUGUGGUCAAAACUCUCAAGCACGGCAAAGCCAGACGAAAAGAGAGUCACAGGUAGAAAGACACAAGGCGGCAAAGACUUGAAGGUAGUUUCAGACUGUUGGUGAACACAGCUCGCGAAAGAAGCCCUGGGGGGACAGAUACCGCGCUGAAGAGCCCCUGUCUCAAGCGAAUGUAGGUUUUUUUGAUUUACAAUGUCGAUGUUUAUGAUCAGAUCUCCUACGGUUCGAGAAGAAACCAAUUCUGAGUUGGAUAUAGAAGAGUUUUGGGACGAAAGUUUCGAUCUUUCCGGUGAGCAGAUGGAGAACGUCGAUUCGGCCUUCAUCGAUCAGGUGUGUAUCCCAGAGAAUCUUUCAUCAUUCUUCAAAGGCGCGAUGUUCUUCUUCGUUCACUUUUUCCUUGGGGUCGUCUCCGACGAGUUCUCUGCCCUCCCUCGACCAGCUUCUGGGAAAAAUACCAUUGGCAAGUCGGGUCACGCCAGAUAUCGGUUAGUUCUAUUAGGUUGUAAUUCAAGUACCUUCCGUUUUUUCACAAAACUUCUUAUUUUGAAUAACUUUGCAGGAUUGGAUCAAUUCAAUCCUGCAAUCGGAAUUAGUCUCUCAGUUUCUGACUGGCUGCGCGUUAUGAUAAUAAUCUGCUAUUUGAAAUGUUAGAGCUGAAAAAAAGUGGGCAACUCGGUUUUGUCCUCUCAGAAAUUGAAUUAUUUUUGGAACUUCAUGAAGGUUUGCAGAACCUGUGUGGAAAAAGACUUCUUCCUAUUCCUACUAUCAGACUUGGAACUGUCGUACAUUAUUUCACAGAAAGCUAGCUUACAAAUCUUUCUUCUGAAUUUUUGAUUUAAAAGAACAAAUCAAUCACUUUCGUGAAUAGCUGCUUGAAAAGUUCAAAACUUUCUUAUCUCCUUUUCAGGUCUUUCAUCCUAUUCUUACGGUCAAUUUACUGAAACUUCCACUCAAAAUUUUUAUCAAAGUAACUCCUGCUUAAAUUUGAAAAGUUCAACGAUCGCUAACAUGGGAGUCUUCAAUCCAAUCCUCUGAAAAGAUUUUUCUAUUAAUAUUUUAAAGCCUUCCGAGAAUUCUUGAGCUUUAAUUCUUAAACCUUCAUUAGUGAUACGAUUUCAGAGAAAGUCUAGCCUUUCUUAAAAAAUUAAACUAACUUUAGCUGAUAUGAAUUAGUUCGGCUCCAAUAUGGCUCCGUAUCUGAUGAGAGCGGGAGCUCAAAUCUUGAAUGAUCUACUUCGAAGAAAAAUAGUAGACUUUCUAAGCUUCACGUAUAAUUAAGAAAGGUUGAAUCCAGUUUGUGUGCCUCAGCCAGACACACAUCAGUUUUCGCUACAUCUAAUCAUUAAAAAAGGAGUUUCGAGAAACUUUUUAUGAAAGAAAAAGCUAAAACUAAAAACAAAAAUUUUUUUCAGUUGUAGAAUCAGAAAAUAUGAAAGAGUUCAGCUUACGUAAAAUAAAAGAGACCUAAUACUUUCUUCUUUUUAGCAAGAUUGCUUUUCAGGAUCCUGUCGAAUGUCUAUGCUGCAAUCUUUGAACGACGUUUUUGCUAUUCAAAAGCCCGGCGACGAAAGCGAAGAAAAAUUUGUACUUGAAGAACGCAACGUGUUGGCCAGUGCUGUGAAAAACGCGGAAAAAAGGCGUCGUGGAGGCGAAACCGAAGAGUCAAUACAUUCCCAAGAAUGUCUGGCUAAACAGCCGGAAGAAACCAAGAUCAAAAAAGCAGUGGUUUGAGAAAGUUUCAGAAAAAUAAGUAGUUAGAAUAUAGGUUCGCCACCGAGUGAAGAGGAAAGACGUCGACCGAAAGGAUUUAGCUGAAGACGCAGAGCUGGGCGUUGGAGAAGUCGUUCCGAUGAUCGUCGAAGGAGCUCUACCUCCUCCUGCUCCUUUUGUUCCGCCAAGUGUCUUCGAGUCUGUCGAAGGAGAGAAAUUGCGGUCUUUCGAAGCAAAAGAGAAACUGCUGCAAUCGCUCAAAGAAAAACUAAGGGUAGAAAGUACGGAUUGAGAAGAAAUUUAUGUUUUUUUUUUCAAAGUUCUCCAGAUAAAGUUUUAGUACAUUUUUUCACAUUUCACAGUUGAAAAUCGUGUGACGUCAUGUUUGUACGAAUCCAAUUCUUCGGAUCACAUAUCCAGACCAGAAUAGGGCGGAGCUGCGCCGGUAUGCAAACGAAGACUCCUCUUGGCUCUUCCUCACUUCUUCUGCGGUCCACCAGAAGUCGUUCAAAUGAGACGGACGGCUUACUCAGUUAUAAUAUUCUACUUGCUGCCGCUUUUUUUUCAAGUUCAUGCUUGUCCAGACGGAGAAAUGGCAGUAUUUUUUGUCAACGGACGCGCCAGAAUCCCUCAAUCUUCAGGAGCCUGUUUCAAACAUUGCGCUAUUUCCAAUUGUACAGGUUUUUUCGAUUUGAAAGAAUUUUAGGACAAAUUAAGUAAUCUGUGAACUUUGUUGCUCUAGAUUCAGCGGACUGCGGGUCGUAUUUUUAAAGAGUUUGCUCGAUUUUUUUUUAAAGAGUUUGUUCGGUUUCAGAGCUGAAGACUUUCAUGAGCAGGCUGUGUACAUUAUAAAAAAAAUUCAAUUUUUCGUCAAAAAAUGAUAAAAUUUAUGAAGAUGUAACUCAGAGAUCAAAAUUAAAUAAGAUGAAAUUUUGCAAAAGUGAAAGUCAGGAGCGCAGACGCUGCUCCAUGUGACAUGUUGGUCGGGAUUUUCAGUAGCAUUGAUUGUUUUUUCUUCUCAGACCCUGUCAAAGAAGAAUUUGUUUUUCCAGCAGCGGCUUUUUACGGAGAGUACUGCUUCGCGGUCGACAUGGAAAAUUAUUUCGGACAAAUCGACGAGGCAAAUCUCAUCAAACGCCACUGUGUCGCUAGUAAAAUAGCUUCUAAUCAAAGUUCUAAUUUUUUUUAAUAUUCAGACAUUUCACAGCCGCUUCUGGCUAAGGAGUUCGACGACAGGAUUCUGGUCGACUACACGCAGAAAGUGACGCGAGCCGCUGAUAAGCGGGAUUGUCUGACCCAGUGCCAGAAGGAGCAGGUCACCUCGCUUCGCUGCAUUCGGAAUGUCUUUUUGUAGGAGUUUCCUUGUCUUUCUACAAUGUUUUAUGAAGAAAGCGGCGAUUGUCUUCUCAACUCGGCCAACUCGAAGACAGGAGUCGUGAAAACUGACACAGGAGGGUUCAAAGUGUCUUUUGUCGAGUUUCAAGAACUGGACGGUUCGUUCCAUCUCAUAAGGAAACUCGCUUCAUUUUUGCCUCAUAGUGCUCUGAAAUUGAGAGUCUGACCUCAGAAGCUAGACUGUCAUGCGAGGUUGAGGAAUUCGUUUAUCACCGAACGAUUUUUUUGCUAAAUGUUUCAUUGCUUCCAAGCUUGGAGUAAAUAGACCUUUCGAAGUCUUUCUGGUCCGUGUUUCAUUUCUUCGAAGCCGUUUCAAGAUACCUUUUACUUGUGAUCUUGACUUCAAACCGUAAAGUUGCCGGAUUCACAGAGCAAAUAUGCAAAAAUGUUUACUUUGGGGUCAUCGGAAAUCACCUAUAAUGUCAUGCGCAUCUUAUCUAGGGCGUCGCAGCUACUGAAGCGUGAACUUGUAAAACCUGGCCUUUUCCUUUCACCGCGACAGUUGAAAAACACCAUUAACCCGGAUUUUAGCAAAUGAGACUUGCUCGAACGCCUUCCAACUGCUUUCAUCCGAUAAAGUAGAGGUUCGCGGGGAUACCAAACUGUUCAAUGGAUCCGGAGGCCUUGCCGAGGUGCUUUUUCUUACUUUACCUUUAAAAAAGUUAUUUUUCAAUUCCAUGAAGAAAUCAAUUUUUCUCAGUGCAUUGCUCGAUGCAAAAGAUGCGACUUCGUCAUCUACAACGAAAUCUUCAUGGAGUGCUUUCUGGUCGAGCAGGACGCAUCCGGACAGCUUCUCGAUUUCGUGAACGAUGAGUACAAGGUGAACUUCAUUUUUACGAAAGCUUUAUCAAUACAUGUGUUCUGAAAUGUCGAACACGUUACCUUUAAGUUGAGCAGUGAUGAAAAUGAUUAGAAUAUAGUUUCAUUUUUAAAAGCCGUUUUUUCCUCGGCAUGAAAAGAGGACUUCGUUAUUUGUUUCAGGUGCUAAGCAGUCUCUGCACGACAGUCGCCCCUCCAUGCACAGCACGUAACUCUCUGUAUGUUCUUCAUGGAUCAUCAGAAGAUUCGACGAAGAAGGCGUGCCUUGGCCAAUGUGUGGACGACAUCAGCUGUCGAUUCGCGCAUUUGGGACUGAAUGGAAAGUGCGAAAUUUCAUCCCGGAGGCUUCGGUCGGAACUCGUGGUCGAACGACACUGCAUUGGGUUUGACGACCUUCCCGAUGGUUUUUCUACCUCAAAAGAAAACAUCAAAUAAGACUCUUCUUUAAAGGCUCCGGAGUUUUGUUCGACGAAGUGGGCGCUUGCACAAAUUCGAUGGAUAACCUGGCGCGAAUGGAAGAAGUCGAACUUCAGGAGUGCAUGCAUUUGUGCGUCACUCAUCCGACCCGCAGGUUCGAUUCUUUUCCUCGUGACCUCACUCUGUUUCAGCUGCGAAUGGAUAGAAUAUUCGACAAAUCGACUGUGUAUCUUACACGACUCGUCUGUGAGAACUGGUGCGAUUUUGGUAUUUUCUUCUGAGAAGUUGUGUUCCUUCAGGAAAUUCAAGUUCAUGUACGGUUUACACGUUAAAUGUCAUCAAAUUCUCUAAUAAAAAGAGUCCAGGUCAGGAGAUUUUGUAAACCUUUAACGGGAAGUUCUUUUCAGAGAAAGCCCCCAAAAAGGCAAAGUUGUUCGCCGCAGAUACAAAGAAGAAAUUGAAAAUUGAGGAAGGUGAAUAGAAAUGUUCAGAGGACUCUCGCCAACGAGUAAUUUCCAGAAAAACUUCAAAACAUCAUCAAACAUGAAGGCGUCAUCGAUGAUUCCAAUGUGAAGAUAUCAACGAUUUGCAACAUGGGUGACGUCACAAUAAAAGUAGGUUGGCAGGUAUGAGGAUGAGGUUCAUUCUUUUGAAGGUGUCGGUUGAGACGGAAAGACCAGGAGAGCUUUUUGUCAGAAACUCCCGCUCCAACUGUUCUGCGGUCAUUGGAAGAAACGGGACGGCUGAGCUCAAAAUUCACCACAACGACACCAAUUGCCUCCUCAUGAAGGUAGAAAAACAUCAUCAAAGGCAUGAAUUCUUUUUUUUUUCAUUUUCAGGAGGGCUCGAUAAUGCAUACCGUAGUGGUGGUGAAGAAGAACGAGUUCAGCAACAGCUCGGUCAUCACUGCCGACGACAGAAUGUUCCAAAUUCGCUGCGAUUACUCAAAUCAUAGUUCUUCCGUCGCAGUCGCCAAAACCAUCGACUUGCGGUUUUCUCUCAUUUGAUUGAGGUUCAAUUGGAGUUUCAGACCUCCCGAGUUCAUGGAAAUGGCAAUGAAAGGCGCCGUACACAUCAGUCCCAUAAAAAUGGAGCUGCGAUCGAAGCGUGAAGCCUUUGAUGUGAGGCUUUUGUUGUUGCAAAUUCUAGUUUUCUAUCGGCAGGCCAAACCAGUCACGAUUGGCCAAUCACUGGAUUUAGUUUUCCGAGCUGAAGACUCACUGCUGGAAAACUUUUUUGUACAACGAUGUGUGGCUCUGAGUAGCGAUGAGAGAGAACAAAUUGUACUUGUCGACGAAGGGUAUGGCACAAAAUGAAAAAAAAACUAUGCCGAAAGAUUUUGAGAUGCGCUACGACUAACGCCAAAGAGUUCAUCCUACGCGGAGAGCUCCGACAGGACGCCAUGGGUUUCGUUCUGCCGUUUCGGGCGUUCCGCUUCAAAGAGGGCGAGGGUGUGAAGAUCACCUGCACUCUGGACAAAUGUCAGAAGUGCAAGCGGAAAAUCUGCUCGAAACAUCAGCAACGGACGCGGCGAUACAAGGAGUUCGAGGAAGGCGUUGGUUCGGCGGAAGAAGUUCAUGCCGAACUCCUCGUCCGAGUCCCAGAAGACGGUAAGUUUACUACUCGAAAGAAAAAUGAGGGGUAGUUUCAGACAACUAUUGCCUGACGUCUUCAUGUUUUGCUGUUGUCGCUGCAAUUGUCGCCGCUGUUAUUUCGGUCCAGCUUCUUUUAUUGUUUUACUUUUUUUAUAAUAGAAGAUCUCGUUAG